GGUCUCAAGCCAUCGGAUCCUGGUGGAACAACGAGCUGCCCAGCGCUACUGUCGAGCCACCGCCUUCCUCAGGAAGGUUCCCAGCAUUCGCGUCACCUUCUUGGCUCACAACCAGGCAGCCGCUUAUGUGAACCUCAUGCCCGUGAAGACACUCAACCGCAAAAAGAUUCAGCAGGAUUUCACCGUCAAACUGCUGCAGAAGGGCGCUCGUGAGUACCAACAAGGCUUGAUGCUGCAUCAGAAACCGUACGUGAUUGCUAUGAAGAAAGACUUGCCCAUCAAAACCAAGGUAUGGGUGCCCCACAUCAACAUGAUCUUUGAUCAACUUACUCAGAGGGCACCGAUGCAUGAAGAGAGCUCAGGAGUUGAAGAUGAUUCAGAUGAAGAGGAAUAUUUGGCCACCAUGUAGCUAGGUGACGGCUCGUGAAAACGGCUGGUGGUCACCAAUGGAUAACACAUGCC